GUAAAGAACUUGUCUUCAGACACACUCCUCCAGCAACACGAUGAUUUGAAUUUGGCUUUGGAUAAUUGCUACAGUGGAGACAUAGUUGUUAUUUUCCCAGGAGAAUAUCAAGCUGCAAAUCUUGCUUUACUGACUGAUGACAUCAUUAUCAAGGGAGUUGGAAAGAGAGAAGAAAUUAUGAUUACCUCUGAACCUUCUCAUGACAGUUUCGUGGUAUCCAAAGCUGAUAAUGUGAAACUAAUGCAACUAUCUUUGAUACAACAAGGGACAGUUGAUGGGAUUGUGGUGGUAGAGUCUGGUCACUUGACUCUAGAAAACUGCCUGUUAAAAUGUGAAGGAACAGGAGUGUGUGUUCUCACCCGGGCUUCACUGACAGUCACAGACAGUGAAAUAACUGGCGCCCAGGGUGCUGGUGUUGAACUGUAUCCUGGGAGCAUAGCCAUUUUGGAAGGGAAUGAAAUUCAUCACUGUAAUAACCUCAGAACCAGUGACAGUUCAAAAAGUACCUUAGGUGGAGUUAACAUGAAGGUUCUUCCAGCACCCAAACUGAAGAUGACUAAUGAUCAUAUUUACAACAAUGGCUAUGGAGUAAGCACGCUACACCCAUCGGAACAGUGUUUUAUUGUAGCAGAAGCAGCUCUCAGCAAAGGUGCCGCCGCUUCAGGAGAUAAAAAAGAUGACAAGAUGCUCUCCAAAGUAAUGCAAAACCUGAAUGUGGAAAUGAACAAUAACAAGAUUGAAGCAUAUUUAAAGGGGGAUAUUCAAAUAGUCACCAGUUAAAGCAUCUGGAUAAGCAUUAAAGUUUUACAUCUCAGCAAUUUAAUAAAUAAUUCUCGUAUCUCACAGAAAUGGUAGUUUUAAAUUCAGAUUAAAAAGACAAAACAUUUAAAUGCUUUCAUUGAUU